AUUGAGCGAAAAAUUCUUGAAAUUUGUAUAGGGUUAGCUUGCUGGUUUUGUUAUUUCCCGAUAUAAAAUAGAAGGUGAAAAAAUAUGGCAAGUAUUGUCUCGAUCCCAGCUUUUAAAGUCUUCUCCGUUAACAAAGGCACCAGAGAGUAUAGAGGAUCAAGUGCUACUCGUGGGCAAUGUCAAGAUAUUAGGGUGAUGAGGAUGGAAAAGCCGUUGGAAGAGCUGUACAAUGUGAGGGUGGAGAGAAAUGUAACGAAAGAGCGACUGACAGAGCUUGGCAUUUCGAAAUGGUCGAUUUGGAAGACAGGCAAAUGCAAGCUUCCAUGGGACUGGCAUGUUGAUCAAUUAGUUUAUAUUGAGGAAGGGGAGGUGAGGGUUGUGCCUGAAGGGAGUCAGCGUUAUAUGCAAUUUGUAGCUGGUGACCUUGUUCGCUACCCCAAAUGGUUUGAAGCUGAUCUUUGGUUCAAUGGCUUCUAUCAGGAGCGCUAUAGUUUCAGAGCAUACGGUGAUGACUAGUGGAAAAUUUUUAUUUCCUAAAAGCAGUUAUAUAUGGAAUGUUGGUUUUUUUUUUUCCCCCCUUAAUGUCCAGCUGGAAACAAUUUUGUCUCCAUAUUGAUGUAUCUCUAGAGUCGAUAACUUUAUUUGAGAUGUGGCUGAGCAUGAAUGUUUUGUUGUGACUAUCAGAUUAUUGUAUAAUUGGCUCAUUUGCAAUGACUCUCGUUCGAGGGUGGCCGUAAUGA